AAGAACUUUGACUCAAUCAGGUCUGAAUGCCUAAAGGUUACCUGCGCUUGUAUUCCGAACUGAUGGCUCUUGUCACCUCUUUCUUUCAUGACCUAAAAAACGCUGGAUUGUGAUGGAGCAAGAAUAAGUCUCAUAAGAACCGACACCUGUCCAGGUUCAUACGUUUUUUUGAAGAUGGGAACGAUAGAGAAUCCGCGGAAGUUUUACAGUCAGGAUUUUAAAAGUUUACGAGAACACUACCUGAAGAAUGGCACCUUGUUUACUGACGAAUCCUUCCCAGCAAACAUGAACAGCAUUGGCCUGGGCCUGAAGAAAGAGUUUAAUACCCAAAAAAUUGUAUGGAGGAGACCAUCGGAAAUAUGUAAGGAGCCGCACCUCAUUGUAAAAGGGGCCACCUUAUUCGACAUUCUACAAAGUCAACUCGGGGAUUGCUGGGUCUUAUCCGCUAUUGGAGCCAUUACCUUUAAACCCAGGCUACUGGACAACAUCAUGCCACAAGGUCAAGGCUACUCCAGAAGCUAUGCUGGAAUCUUCCAUUUCAGAUUGUGGCACCUUGGAGAGUGGGUGGAUAUUGUGAUAGAUGACUUGCUGCCGUUCCUUGACGGAAAAUAUCUGUCCGUGCAGCCAUCCUGCGAAAAUGAAUUUUGGCCUUGUCUUCUGGAGAAAGCCUACGCAAAAUUUUUAGGUUCAUAUGAAAAUUUACACUGGGGAAACCCCUGUGACGCCUUCAUGAACCUGACCGGAGGACUGCCCAUGACUUUUGAUCUCAGGAGCACCGAGGCCCACACCUAUUGGAACAUGAUCAGCUCCACAAGUCAAGACACUGUGAUGGCCUGCAUCAAUGACGAGCAGAAGCCAUAUUCGAGCAACCGGAGGGGCAGUGGCCUCAACAAUAAUAAUCCAGAACUCGUAGACAACGCCCCUGAGGAACUCCAUACAUAUAAUGAAACAAAGAAUGGGCAGAAACUCCCAGAAAAUCCUCUCCUAGAGAAAGGCCUGGUGGAGCGUCAUGCCUACUCUAUCACAAACUACGCCAAGGUUCCCUUUCGGGAUGGAUUUGUGAGACUCCUUCAGAUAUGGAACCCAUGGGGGUACGGAGAAUGGAACGGGAACUGGAAUGACAGGAGCCCCUUAUGGAAGGAGCUGAGAGAGGAAGAUCGGCUGAGGCUGCUGAGGAUCAAUGAGGACGGGCAAUUCUGGAUGUGCUGGGAGGAUUUUGUGAAAGAAUUUUCCAGACUGAUCAUCUGCAGUCAACUUCCGGAUUUUUUGGGUUGGAGAGAUCACCACAAGAAAUGGUACAGAAAUAUGUUCCCAGGCCGAUGGAUGAAAGAGAACAUCUCCUGGAAUAAUACAGAUUUCUUCAGUAAGAAUCCCAUGUACAGUAUAACGGUGACCGGAUCGGAUGAAGUCAAUGGUGGAGUAAACGUGGUUAUAUCUCUUAUACAAAGCAGCAGGAAUAGGCAUAAAUUCGGCCAUUGGCUGCCAAUUGGUUUCCAGUUGUUUGAGCUCCCUGAAUCUCAGGACAAAUCUCCAAAUACUUUCCUGACUCCGGAGAAAAUGUCCAGUAUAAAGUCUUUCAGGCAGCUGAUUGUCACCGAGGUGUUACGAUUGGCGCCGGGGAGAUACGGAGUCAUCCCUUACACCACCCAGAGGCAGCACGAGUCUUCAUUCCUAUUUCAAGUUUUCCUGAAGAGUAAAGACGGCACUCAGAUUAUUGGUUCUCAGCAGAGCCUUAAGGGGCUGGAGGUUCCUAAACAUGACAGUAUCUUCAGAAACUAUGCCACCCAGGGAUCAAAACUCUACGCCUGGGACCUAAGAAGGCUUCUGAAUGACAUAGUAAGAACAGAAUAUCCAUAUGGAGCAAAAUUCACCAUUGACGGCAGUCGGGAAAUACUGGCAUCGGUAGAUAUUUCCAGGAAAGGAAAACUUGACGUAGAGACAUUUGUUCCCUUGUGGAAAACCAUCACCCAAUAUAAGGAUCUCUUUAGUAAAGUGGAUGCCAGUCGCUGUGGAUGCCUCAGUCUGACACAAUUUUUGGAGAUAACACAACAAGCAGGGUUCAAUGUCCACAAGGAUCUUCUCAUUCAGCUUUUCGCUCGAUAUUCCGACCCUGAAGGGAAGUUGAGUUUUGUCGACUACCUGAUCUGUACGACGCGGCUGAAGGGCGUUUUACAAACUUUUCAUUCGCUGUCAUCUGAUGGUAAAGGAGCGUACGUUCACUGCGAGAAAUGGAUUCAACUAAUGAUGUAGAAUGAAUUCCUGGACUAUCAUGGACGAUCCCCUACGUAUGCAGAAUGGAGGCAUAAGAUUUGGUCUUUAGGAAACCACGCCAAAAAUCCACGGGAACAGAUCGUCACAAAUUACCAGAAUGUUCUGGAUUAUUGGACAGCCUGGUCUUAAAGGGGUACUCCACUGGAACACUUUUUUUUUUUAAAUCAACUGAUGACAGAAAGUCAAACAGAUAUGUAAUCCUUCCAUUACUUAUCAGCUGCUGUGUGCUCCACAGAAAGUUCUUUUCUUUUUGAAUUUCCUUUCUGUCCGACCACCGUGCUCUCUGCUGACACCUCUGUACCAUGUCAAUUACUGUCCAGAGUAGGAGCAAAUCCCCAUAGCAAACCUAUCUUGCUCUGGACAGUUCCUGACAUGGACAGAGGUGUCAGCAGAGAGCACUGU